AUGAUUUACCUGAAGUCUAUGUUGAAAGUCAUUGAUAAUUCAGGUGCUCAGAUAGCUGAAUGCAUCAAAGUAUUAAGAAAGGGUUCGCCAAAAUCGCCAGGAAAAGUUGGUGAUAAGAUCGUGUGUGUGGUUCAAAAAGCCAAACCACUUACUCAAAAUAUUACUGGUACUGCGACGACAAAUAGAGUGAAAAAGGGAGACAUUGUUCAUGCAGUGAUUGUGCGCACCAAACAGAAAAAUAUGAUUCGUCCCGAUGGUUCUUCAGUGAGCUUUGGCGAUAAUGCGUGUGUUCUUGUUAAUAAGAAUAACGGAGAGCCUCUUGGAACCAGAAUCAUGGCCAAUGAUGGGUGUGUCAGUAGAGAGCUCAGAGACAAGGGAUAUAACAAAAUAUGCUCUCUAGCGAGCAGAGUCGUGUAA